AUGAGUCUCGAAUUCUACUUCCGGAACUCUGGCAUCUCGCCGGCGAACCUCCCUUACGCUUCUGCCCUUUCUUCAUCAGCAUCCUCUUCCACCUCCUCCGUAUUCUCGGAUGCCGCGUCACAAGCAUCCACCACGAGCUCGACAUCAUGCCCCUCCAACUGGGAGUCGGAUGAAUGGAGCUCCAGCACCGGGCAGACCGCCAUGGCAACUGCUGUGAACUUCUCAAACGUAGCUGCACUUCAGCCCAUCAGCCGUGUCAGCAGCUUCCCACAGUACCAGGCCUCAGCGUGCCGAGAGACUGCCCAGGAAAGGCUGCCAUCAUUGCGUCAGGUUGAACUUAUUACCCCAGUGGAGCAGCGACAACACCCGCGACGAUCGUCAACCACGGUCCAGCGCGCUCCUCCUCAGUUGGUUCGACAAAGCGACCGAAAGGUUAACUUCGUCGACUGCCUCGUCGAUUCCGCAACCCAAAUGGUUGAGGUCAUUUGGCAGCUUUCUGAGCCCAAGAGCCGUUGCGAGACUGUCGCUGGACGUGGUGUGCUUCCCCUGCGCACCUUUAUCCAGGAGACUCUCCGCCGUUCUCGCACCAGCUACUCCACCCUGCAGGUAGCCUUGUACUACUUGAUCCUUAUCAAGUCGCACCUGCCCAAGCACGACUUCACUAUGCAGCAGCAAUCAGAAGAUGCAUCCAUGCGUGCUUUGCAGUGCGGACGUCGCAUGUUCCUUGCGGCGCUCAUCCUCGCCUCAAAGUAUCUCCAGGACCGCAACUAUUCUGCACGCGCAUGGAGCAAGAUCUCUGGCCUCAAGGUCUGUGAGAUCAACACCAACGAGAUGGCCUUCUUGGAGACCGUCAACUGGAAGCUUCACAUCACAGAUCCUAUCUGGGAGAAAUGGCAAGAGGUUGUUCUGCGACACACUCCUACCCAACCCCCGCCUGCUCCGGGAGCCAGCCUUCCCAACACCUGGAAGGAUGUCAUCCCUAUGCUGACACCCGAGUUGGAGAUCGUCACCCUCAAGCCAAAGGCGGCGCCAGCUACACCAGUGCGUUUUCCUUUCAGGUCAGCACUAAGCUUCGGUGCGUCCCGUACGCCAACUUCGGCUGGCCACGGAUCGCAGGAGGGCACCCCUACACCUGCUCUUUACCAAGCUCCUCGCUUCCUCGAGCCCAAACCCGAUCUGCUUCCCCCGACUCCCAUGCGUCUGGGUCCCCUGCCUACGCCUUCGUUGACGCCUCAGUCUGUUGCCAGCUCUACUCCUGCAGCGAGUGCUCUGGCAAUGGGCUCGCGCCGUCCUUCGAUGUGUACAGCUAUGCAGCAAGCACAGUGCUCGUCCCUGGCGCGCACCUGUGUCGACCAGUUCAACCCAAGCAUCAGGAACGGACUCGAGGCAUACCACUUCCCGAGCCGCAGGCCUUCGCUGGCACCAUCUGCCUCCUCGAUCUCCUCAUCCCCCGAGUCGAUGAUCACGGACAACUCUCGCUCUUCCCGCGCAUCGUCAAUCUCCUCAGUCUCGUCUGUCGGUUGGGCGCCACCAAGCCAGGCCAGUUUGGCCCGGCUGGCGACGUGCCGCAACGCGAAACUGCCUUACCCUAUGCUGUCGAAGUGUAACGAGUAUGCUCCCAGCGAGCCCACAUCCUCUCCUGAGUCUGUAGACCGCUACCAGAUCGACGAUGCUGAUGCAACCUCCAUGGUUGAUAGUCCUGUCUCCAGCGAGUCCAUUAGUCCCUCGCGCAAGCGUGGCAGGUCGUCUACCAUUGAUCUCCAGCACAGUGUCCGUCACUUGCUGAAUACGUCCCGCCCGAACUUCACCCUCCACAGCCAGCCAACCGUCCUGCCUGAUCGAUCCAUUGCCCAGCCAUCGUUCUCAACAUACGAGCACGAGUUGAAGGGGCUGCAGCCGCCCAAGACCUUUGCUCCCGAGUGCUCUCGUCUGCCAGUGCAGAAGGCCUCGGGAAAGAAGCGGACCUGCUGCUCCACCGAGGCGGCACAUGCGUACCACAGGCAAGGCCCUGGCAUGUGGAACGGUGUACUAUUGUAA